GUUUCUCUGGCAGCAGAGCAAACCUGGAGGAUGUCUCAAACUGUGAUCGGUUUUCUUCUCAUCUUGCUUCCAUAUCAAGCUAAGUGUGUGAUGUUUCAGCCGUCUCAUCCCAGAAUAGUCAACGACACAGCCAGGGUAGAAAUUAAAUGCAGUCAUAAUGAUACCAGUCUUAAUUUAAUGCUCUGGUACCAACAAACAGAGAGCGGCCUGAUUAAUUUAAUUGGAUACAGCUACGGCCUCAGUGACCCUGACCAUGAGAAGGAGUUUAAAGAUCGGUUUAAGAUAACAAGAGAAGAAACCCAAAAAGGAGCUCUGAUUAUUAACAGUGUGAACCUAUCAGACUCAGCUGUGUAUUUCUGCGCUGCCAGUACACAGUGAUGUGGUUUAAUGCCACUCCCUCACUAAAAACCCUCAUCUUUUCACAUGACACAGUGUCUCUCUCUUUAUACAGACUCUCACUGAAGGAAGCUGUUUCUGUCACAGCAGAGCAAACCUGGAGGAUGUCUCCAACUGUGAUCGGUUUUCUUCUCAUCUUGCUUCCAUAUCAAGCUAACUGUGCGAGUGUGACCUUUCAGCCGUCUCAUCCAAGAAUAGUCAACGACAAAGCCAGGACUCUCACUGAAGGAAGUUGUUUCUGUCACAGCAGAGCAAACCUGGAGGAUGUCUCCAACUGUGAUCGGUUUUCUUCUCAUCUUGCUUCCAUACUCUCACUGAAGGAAGCUGUUUCUGUCACAGCAGAGCAAACCUGGAGGAUGUCUCCAACUGUGAUCGGUUUUCUUCUCAUCUUGCUUCCAUAUCAAGCUAACUGUGCGAGUGUGACCUUUCAGCCGUCUCAUCCCAGAAUAGUCAACGACAAAGCCAGAGUAGAAAUUAAAUGCAGUCAUAAUGAUACCAGUCUUAAUUUAAUGCUCUGGUACCAACAAACAAAGAGCGGCCUGAUUAAUUUAAUUGGAUACAGCUUCGGCAGUGACCCCAGCUAUGAGAAGGAGUUUGAAGUUCGGUUUCAGAUAACAAGAGAAGAAACCCAAAAAGGAGCUCUGAUUAUUAACAGUGUGAACCUAUCCGACUCAGCUGUGUAUUUCUGCGCUGCCAAGCGUGUGAACAACUACAAUCCUGCUUACUUUGGCAGUGGCACCAAACUGACAGUGUUGGAAAACAAUGUUAAUAUCAUUGGACCGACAGUGAAAGUGCUUCAACCUUCACCAAAGGAGUGUCGAAACCAGAAAGACGACGUCAAGAAGAAGACCAUUGUGUGUGUGGCCAGUGGAUUCUACCCGGACCAUGUCGGUGUAUUCUGGGACAUCGACGGGGAUAAUGUCACCGCUGGUGUGGCGACUGACGAAGCUGCCCUGCGGAAAGGCAACAGUUACACGAUCACCAGCAGGCUGAGGGUCUCUGCCAAAGACUGGUUCACACCCACCAAAACAUUCACCUGCACUGUCAGCUUCUUCAAUGGGACGCAUACUGGACUUUAUUCAGAAUACAUCAAAGGGGAAGAAGCUAAAGGAGAUCUCAUGACAAGAGAGAAAUAUCUGAAGAUCACACAGAGCGCCAAACUCUCCUACACUGUUUUCAUCAUCAAGAGCAGCAUCUACGGAGCCUUCGUAGCGUUUCUGGUGUGGAAGCUUCAGAGUUCAGCUGGAAAGCAGAACCACUGAGAGCUGAUCACGUGAAUCCUACGAGGUCAAAAGUGUCGGCUUCUGUAAAUAAACAUUGAAGUUAUAAAUCCACAACUUUGUAUGUUGAAGGGUAUUUUGCAUUCUGCUAAAAUAGAUUAACAGUUCUAUGCAUAUUCUUGUUAAAACUGGCAUGCAAAUACACAUUUCUAUAUAUACUUAUGAUAAUAUCUUUGUGGUUGUGAAUCGUUUGUUUGCUUAAUUUUCUUCUAAUAAAAGUACUUCAGAGGAUC